AUGACGUCCCCGAUAAAUGAUGCGGACUUCGCUCUCGACAACACACUUGCUAUGUCCAACACUGAACUCGCCAAUCUGGAAGGCCUGGAUUUGCUAAAUCCAGAUAUCGAUUUCGCGGACUUUCUCACAACAUCACAGACGGACGAUGGUAAAAUCAUUUCAUCUUCACCAAUAAUGGAAAUGGCACCUGAUCCGCAGCGUUUGACGCAUUCAUCAAAUGAAUUAUCGUUAUCAAUUCCAUUAUCGCUACCAACUUACACACCUCGCUCACUCAUCCAACGACCAAAGGUGAAACCUGGAACAGGCAGAAUCGCCAAUCUCAUGUUCCAUACCUUGAAAUCCUAUCCCCAGAUGAUGCUUCGACCGGAUACCCUGCCACCAUUUAUCCAUCCGGCAUGGGUUCUGGUGCACAUGGUCAGUAGCCGAGUCUGGGGGAGUCGGAAGUUGUUUUGGCGAAAUGUGCGUAUGGAGUGUGAGAGGCUGUGUGAAGAGUAUCCGAGAAUGAAGAAAGGGGAAUUGCUUGCUGCAAUGCAAGCGCUCGCGAUUUACAUUAUCAUGAGGCUGGAUGAAGGCGAGACGGAGUAUAAUAACUUUGAUUUACUAUUAUGCAAAACUGUGAUUCUCAUAUCUAAAGAGCACAAUCGAAAUGACAAUACAGAUACCGUACAAUCUGUAUCAAGCGACAUCGAUCGCGAAAGCAAAUGGCAAAAAUGGAUAUACACCGAAUCUCAUCGACGACUGUGCAUAGUCUACAAAAUCAUCAACAUGCUCAUCUACUUCGAGCCAUCCGGAGACUGCGACUCGCGCGGAACGGGGCUCAUCCUCGCACCACUCCCAGCCAGAAAACAACUUUGGGAAGCAAACGACGAGAUCACAUGGAAUAUGGAAACAGACCGAGAAAGCAAGCCCGACUCUCGUACUGACACUACCGAAACCUUUUCCGCGUCUUCUUCCACGACGUUUGGAUUGGCUACGAACGGUGAAUUAGUUACUUUGGACAUGCGACAAGGGCAAAAUUUUUGUGCCAAUGCCGCGUUAUCAAUGCACACGCAGCAGUCGCUACUCAAUGGCGGUUCAUCUUCGUCGUCUCCGAAGAUAAGGGCGAAUUGGGAAGAUUGGUGUGCCGGGAUGGAUGGGCUUGGGGGUCUUGUGAUGCUUGCUGCUUCUUUAGUAGAAUGA